UUUAGGCAGUGAGAGUUUUCUGCUGCUCCUUUCUCAUCCCUAAUCCCCCUCCCAAUCACCGCUUUACAGCUCCUGCUACCUCCCUAAUGAAUAUCCAAUGGCUCCCAUUGCUCUGUUGGUGGUUACAAAGGGUGAGUGGAAACAUGAUCCAGCAGCAAUUGGGAACAUUUUCGGAGAUUUUUCACUUUAAUCCUGGACAGAUCUGGAACUCAGACUGUGAGACCAAACAGUUGACAGACAUUUCAAGGAAGGACGCAAACACUUUGGAGGCCUGGUCCUUCUUAAUCCAAGAUAGCUAUCAGGAGAUAAUGAAUUGGUACUGCAACGUACACGAAUGCUGUGAAUCAGGGGAUUGUCGGUUAAUCAACAACAUCACAGGUCUUAGCCACGACCUGAACAUAAAAUUACAUGGACAGCAUCUGGCCAAGGAAGUUGUGAUGAAAGCAGUGAAAGGUUUCAUAGUAAACAAAAAUCCUGAGAAAGCACUGGCACUUUCUUUCCAUGGCUGGUCCGGCACCGGCAAGAACUUUGUGGCAAAAAUGAUAGCAGACAACCUGUACCGAGAUGGACUAAGAAGCGAGUGUGUGCAUUUCUAUAUUGCUCACUUCCACUUUCUACACGCCAGCCUGGUUGAUUUUUACAAGGCCGAGCUGCAGCAGUUCAUUCUGACGGCUGUACAAAAAUGCCAACAAUCAUUGUUCAUUUUUGAUGAGGCAGAGAAGCUACACCAAGGCCUUAUUGAUGUCAUCAAGCCUUACCUUGACCACCAUGACCACGUGAAUGGAGUGGACUUCAGAAAGUCUAUCUUCAUUUUCUUAAGUAAUAUCGGAGGAAGGUCUAUAAGCAGGGUGGUAUUAGAAAACUGGCGAGCAGGACGAGAUCGAGAGGAGAUUACUAUGGAAGACUUGGAAUAUCAGAUCCGAAAAGAGGUUGCAACAUCAAAAGGUGGCUUUGCACAUAGUGGCCUUGUGGCUGAGAAUCUUGUCGACUUCUUCAUUCCCUUCUUACCUCUGGAGUACAAGCAUGUUAAAUUAUGUGUACGUGAUGCUCUUCAUUCCAGAGGAAUCAAGUACAACGUAGAUAUCCUGGAUGAAGUGGCAAAGGGGAUGCUGUAUUUUCCAAAGGAGGAAAACCUGUUCUCAGCCCAAGGGUGUAAGUCGGUCUCGCAGCGGGUCAAUCUCUUUCUGCCCUGAAGCAGAAGAGUUCAGGAAACCACUUGUUGCGACACAUUGUUCCCCUCGAGACCACGUCACUUCCUCAUUGCACAGUAGCUGUUGCCUUCUAGCACCUGAGAGAUGGAAAUCUGACCCAAGCAACAGGGAAGAAAGGUAACCUUUAAGAAAUUAAGAAGCAAAACUGCCAUCCAGUUUCCUGGCUUUCUUGUGAAACUUGCCUGCAUCCUUGACCAUUGCAGUAAUCUGUACUUGACUGGUACUGGGUGUUGUGGAUCCACUGAUGUGCAAACCUAGGUUGUAUAAAUCAUGAAGUUGAGGAUUGUGCCAAUGAUGGAACUUCUCCAUUUUAUUAAUUUUGCUCUUCACCAGCGGCUCUUCAACCAUUUAGAUCUAACACUGACCCGCUGCGAGACCGAUUUACAGCCCUGGGCUAACUUCUCUAAAUGGAGGUGAGGUUACCUGGCAUGGCAAGAUACAGAGAAGAUGCAAGUGUCUGCAGAUACCAGAAUCUGGAGCAACAGACAAGCUGCUUGAGGAUUUGUUUGACCCAAAACAUCAAUAGCUCCUUCCCCUGCCCCAGUCCCACUCAUAGAUGCUGCUCAACUCCACUGAGUUCCUCUAGCAGCCUUGCAUUUGUCCUUCACCACUUCCUUCUCUUGAUAGAGUUACCAACCUUUCCCUUUGGAAUUGUUGGCCAUGUCCUGCUUGUAACAGCGGAUUACAAAUGAUAAAAUAUUAAUUUCUAAACUAUAUUUUAUAGGCUGCAAUGUAAAACACUGGCAAGAGUGAUCAAUGCAAUAUACUGGAUUUGUUGCAUAUGACACUGGAUUCCAAAUGUCUUUUAAUUAAAUGUCAAAUUUAGACAUUUCUGUACAUUAAACUAAAAUUUACAAAUCAGAUUGUAAAUCAAAUUUACAACUGCAGCAUUGAUCCUUACCCUUCCGAACCUUUUGGCAACAAUUGAUAAAUGUUUAGUUUCCUCAAUUGUUCAUCAUAUAUUGGUGCAGCUCUCAUGUGUUUUUGUCCAGAACAUCUCCCACAGCUGUCCCCUUUCCUCUUGGACCUAUCCUUUGUUCUUGUUUCUCAUCUGUGUAGUAUCUCUUGAGGGAAAAAUAUACUAAAGCAGACAUCCCACCCUGCAAAAAGUCAUUUCAGGGAGGUAGCACCACCACCUCCACCCCCCACAACUCCAUAUCCCCCACCCCCACCCCCGGUCGACCUCCAAGGGUGUAUGUAUACAGGACAUUUGAUUAUGAAAGAACACAACAAUUAAUUUCAUCACAUAUUGAAACUAUUUACAUAUAUAUACACAUAUAUACAUACAAAAUACUCAACAAGGAAUAUAUAUGUAUUCCUUGUUGAGUAUUUUGUUGGCAGUCUCAAUGCUAAUGCAAAUAACUUUUCUACUUCUUUUGCAAACUUUCCUUGUACUGUGAUGUGGUUUGCUUGGCAGAUUUGAGCAUUUUGCCGGAAGUUUUAACCUCAUAGCAGUCUGUGUCAAUGAAUUUGUUAAUCUUGCAAGACAUCAGAUUCACAAGAUUCACAAUUAUAUUAUAUUAUCAUGGAGUCUUUUUUUAAUUGUAUUACAACUUUAAGCAAGUCUACAGGGAGUUUGGUCUCAUCACGUAGGACAUCAACAGAGUAGCUCCUUAGCAGCUAGCCAGCUAGUUUAAAUAACGUUAGCUAUGCUAAUGAAUGAAUGACACCUGUUAAUCUCACCUCAACAUGUCUUUUACAGACUUAAUCCACCAUGGGCAAUAGAAAAGUCACUGUUGCAAACAGUGCAACGAGCAACACUGUCAUUAUUUUUUGACAACUAUUAAGCAGGGGUACACUUUAGUGUAGUCUGGGGUGAAGUACGUUUUAUAUUUUCUUUUUUUGGAACACUCUGCCAUGGCACUGCAGGACACUAAUAUCUCUCUCUCUCUUUCUCUCUCCUCUCUCUCUCUUUCACACACACACACACACACACACAAAAUCAAUUUCCGGGAUAUUGUAUAUAAUUUACGGGCGUUAGGGAGCCGCUAUCAAUAUGUGGGUGAGACCCCCAGAAUUUUCGAGAGAGGUGGGAUGUCUGCUAAAAGCAUGGGUUUUCCAAGGAGAGGUAUGAUAAGAUCGGGUUCGAUGUCCAUCAGCCUAGUCCAGCUUAAUUUCAAGAUUAUUGAAAUAUCUGGUCCCUGCUCCUAAAACAUAUUCUUACUGAUUCCAUGCCUUUUAACUUCAGACUCAGAUUUAUUCUAUCUGAUAUAUGAUGUGAAGUUUGUUGUUUUGGAACAGCAGUACAGUGCAAGAUACAAAAGAAAAACAAAUUACCAAAAAUAAAUAAAUACUGCAAAAAAAAGGAAUAAUGUUUUAGUGUUCUUGGACCUUUCAGAAAUAUGAUGGCAGAGGGAAAUAAGCUGUUUCUAAAUAAUUGAAUGCGAGUCUUCAGGCUCCUAUACCUCCCUCACCCCCCCCCUCAAAUGUUAGUAAUGAGAAGGCGGCAUAUCCCAGCUCAUAAGGGUACUUAAUAAUGAGUGUCCCCUUCUAGAGGCACUGCCACUCGAUGUUCUUGAUGAUGGGGAGGGUUGUGCUUGUGCUUGAGAUGGCAAAGUCUAUAACCCUCUGCAGCCUCUUACAAUCCUGCACUGGAAUCUCCAUCCCAGGCUGUGAUGCAACCAGUCAUAAUAGUUUCCAUUGUAUUUCUAUGAGACCAUAAAACCAUAAGAUAUAGGAGCAGAAUUAGGCCAUUUGGCCCUUUGAGUCUGCUCUGCCAUUUCACCACUGCUGAUCCACUUUCUCUCUCAGCCCCAAUCUCUUUAUUUUCCCCAUAUCCCUUCAUGCCCUGACUAAUCAAGAACCUAUCAACCUCUGCCUUACGAAUGACUUGGCCUUCAUACCAUCCUGUGCAACAAAUUCCACAGAUUCACCACACUCCGGUUAAAAAUAUUCCUCCACAUCUCCAUUCUAAAGGACAUCUCUCUAUUCUGAGGCUGUCCCCUCUGGUCUUAGAUUCUCCCAUCAUAGGAAGCAUCCUCUCCACAUCCACUCUAUCAAGACCUUUCACCAUCGAUAGGUUUUAAUGAGGUCACCCCGUUACUCUUUGAACUCUGGGGAGAACUGGCCUAGAGCCAUCAAAUGCUCCUCACAGGACAAGCCUUUGGAUUCCGGAAUCAUUUUCAUGAAUUUUCUUUGAACCCUCUCCAAAGUCAGCACAUCCUGUCUUAGGUAAGGGGCCUAAAACUGCUCACAAUGCUCCAAGUGAGGCCUCACCAGUGCUUUAUAAAGCCUCAACAUUACAUCCUUGCUUUUAUAUUCUAGUCUUCUUGAAAUGAAUGCUAACAUCGCAUUUCCCUUCUGCACCGCUGACUCAACCUGCAAAUUAACCUUUAAACAAUCCUGCAUGAGAACUCCCAAGUCCCUUUACUCCUCAGAUUUUUGAAUUUUCUCUCCAUUUUCAAAAUAAUCUACACUUUUAUUUCUUCCACCCAAAGUGCACGCAAUACAUUUCCUGACACUGUAUUCCAUCUGCCACUUCCUUGAACAUUUGCCUAAUCUGUCUAAAUCCCUGUGUAGCCUCUCUACUUCCUCACUGGGGUAGCACAGCAGCAUAACGGUUGGCACAUCGCUUUAAGUACAGGCAAUCAGGGUUCAAUUCUUGAUGCUGCCUGUAAGGAGUUUGUACGUUCUCCCUGUGCCCAUGUGGGUUUCCACCAUCUGUUUCAAUUUCCUCCCACAGUCCAAAGACGUACCGGUUACUAUGUUACUUGGUCAUUGUAAAUUGUCCUGUGAUUAGACUCAGAUUAAAUUGGGGGAUUGCUGGGCAGUGCGGCUCGAACGGCCUAUUCCACAUUGUAUCUCAAUAAAAUUAAAUUAAAAUAAAUUAAAUUUAAAAAUAAAAACUACUUGCCCCCCACCUAUUUCCGUAUCAUCCACAAACGUCAAUUCUGUCAUCCAAAUCAUUGACAUAUAACGUCAGAAGAAGUGAUCCUAACGCAGACCCCUGUGGAACCCACUAGUCACCGGAAGCCGACCAGAAGAGGCUCUGUUCCCACUCUUUGCCUCCUACCAAUCAGCCAAUGCUCUAUCCAUGCUGGGAUCUUCCCUGUAAUACCAUGAGCUCUUAACUUGUUAAGCAACCUCAUGUGUGGCACCUUGUCAAAGGCCUUCUGAAAAUCCAAGUACAUAACUUCCGCCAGUUCUCCUUUGUCUACCCUGCUUGUUAUUUCUUCAAUGAAUUCCAACAGAUUUGUCAGGCAAGAUUUUCCCUUAAGCAAACCAUUAUCAUAUGCCUCCAAGUACCGCGAAACUGCAUCCUUAACAAUCGACUCCAACAUCUUCCCAACCACAGAGGUCAGACUAACUGGCCAAUAAUUUCCUUUCUCCUGUCUCUCUCCUUUCUUGACUAACAGAGUGACAUUUGCAAUUUUUCAGUCCUCCGGAACCGUGCCAGAGUCUAUUGAUUUUUGAAAGAUCAUUACUAAUACAUCGACAAUCUCUUCAGCCAUCUCUUUCAGAACCCUGGGGGUGUAUACCAACUGGUCCAGAUGACUCUAGACCUUUCAGUUUCAUAAGAACUUUCACCCUAGCAAUGGCAACCACACACUUCUGCCACCUGGCACUCCCAAACUUCCACCACCCUGCUAGUAUCUUCCACAGUGAAGACUGAUGCAAAAUAUGUUCUCAGUUUGUCCGCCAUUUCCUUGUCCCCCAUUACUACCUCUCCAGCAUCAUUCUCCAGAAGUCCAAUAUCUACUCUCACUUCUCUUUUACACUCUAUAUUGCUGAGGGAACUUUUUGUUUCUGAAUGACUAUCAACCUGUGGCUCUGACAUCAAUUGCUAUGAAGUGCUUCGAGAGAUUGGUUAUGGCACACAUCAACCACAGCCGACCGGUCAACCUCGACGCUUUGCAAUUCGCCUACUGGAGCAAAAGGUCAACGGCAGAUGCCAUCUCUCUGGCCCUACAUUCCUCCUUAGAACACCUGGAGAAUAAAGAUGCAUAUAUAAGGCUCCUUUUCAUUGACUACAGCUCUGCCUUUAAUACCAUUUUUCCAAAUAAACUGAUUCCUAAGCUCCGGAACCUGGGCCUUAGCACACAGAUCUGCAGCUGGAUCUUCAGCUUCCUCACAGACAGGACCCAGGCUGUAAAAAUAGGGGACAAGCUCUCCUUUACAAUCACUCUGAGCACCGGUGCCCCACAAGGCUGUGUACUCAGCCCCCUGCUGUACUCACUGUACACCCAUGAUUGUGUAGCCAAGUUUCCAUCAAACUCAAUAUAUAAGUUUGCUGAUGACACAACAAUUGUAGGCCGUAUCUCGGGUAAUGAUGAGUUUGAGUACAGAGAGGAAAUUAAGAACCUGGUGGCAUGGUGUGAAGACAAUAACCUAUCCCUCAACGUCAGUAGGAUGAAGGAAUUGGUUGUUGACUUCAGAAGGAGUAGCAAACCGCACGACCCAAUUUACAUCGGUGGUGCACAAGUGGAACAGGUCAAAAGCUUUAAGUUCCUCAGGGUCAAUAUCACAAAUGACCUGACUUGGUCCAACCAAGCAGAGUUCACUGCCAAGAAGGCCCACCAGUACCUUUACUUCCUGAGAAAACUAAAGAAAUUUGGCCUGUCCCCUAAAACCCUCACUAAUUUUUAUAGAUGCACCAUAGAAAGCAUUCUUCUAGGGUGCAUCACAACUUGGUAUGGAAGUUGUCCUGUCCAAGACUGAAAGAAGCUGCAGAAGAUCGUGAACAUGGCGUAGCACAUCACACAAACCAAUCUUCCGUCCGUGGACUCACUUUACACUGCACGCUGUCGGAGCAGUGCUGCCAGGAUAAUCAAAGACAUGACCCACCCAGUCAACACACUUUUCAUCCCUCUUCCCUCCGGGAGAAGGCUCAGGAGCUUGCAGACUCGUACGGCCAGAUUUGGGAACAGCUUCUUUCCAACUGUGAUAAGACUGCUGAACGGAUCCUGACCCGGAUCUGGGCCGUACCCUCCAAAUAUUCGGACCUGCCUCUCGGUUUUUUUGCAUUUCCUUACUUCCCAUUUUUCUAUUCUCUAUUUAUGAUUUAUAAUUUAAAUUUUUAAUAUUUACUAGUUUUAAUUAUUUUUAAUAUUUUUAGUAUUUAAUAUUUGUAAUCCAGGGAGUGUGAAGCGCAGAAUCAAAUAUCGCUGUGAUGAUUGUACGUUCUAGUACCAAUUGUUUGGCGACAAUAAAGUAUAAAGUAUUCUCUCGAAUAUUAUUGGCUAGCUUAACUCCGUAAUCAAUCUUUUCCUUAUUUUUGUCUUAUUUAGUUGCCUUCUGUUACUUUUUAAAAGCUUCCCAGUCUUCUAAUUUCCCACUGAUUUUUGCUCUAUUAUAUGCCCUCUCUUUGGCUUUUAUGUUGGCUUUGACUUCUCUUGUCAGUCACAAUUGUGUCACCCUGUCUUUAGGAUACUUCUUUCUCUUUCUUGUUACACUGCUGGCAUUUAGGGCAGCAAUGAAGGUCCCCUAUCUCCAGUGGUGUUCACAGCUUCCUUCUUUGUGUCAGUAGCUUCCGCUCAGUUUAAUGUCAGUCAUUCAAGCCCCAGGUGGAGACUCCGGGAUACUGUUGCAUACUGUUGAUACUGAUUCUUCAUUGCUGUAUCCAUAACAGUUUUGUUUGACCAGUCAGGGUUGUUAGCCCUGAGCUGAACCCCCGAGCCUGGAGGAUCAGUGGACCACUCUUGGUCUGGCCUCUACCCUUUGACUGUUUGGCAUGGGUGACCUUAUCAAGAGCCACAGCAUAAAGCCCUAAUGCCAGCCAGCAUAACUCUCUGGGUCAUUGAGGCAUGCAAGCCUUCAAACCAUGACAUGGUUGUGGUCCUCUUGCUCCCAGAAAUUCCAGUCAUUGCUACUCUGCUGUCAUCCCUGCCAGUGUUCUUUUCUAAUCAAUUUUGGCCAGCUCCUUUCUUGUGCCUCUGUAAUUCCCUUUAAUCCACUGUAACACUUAUAUAUCUGACUUUAGCUUCUCUUUCUCAACUUGCAGGGUGAAUUCUAUCAUAUUAUGAUAACUGACUCCUAAGGGUUCCUUUCCCUUAAGCUCUCUAAUCAAUUUAAAUUCAUUGCACAACACCCAGUUCAGAAUAGCUGAUGCCCUAGUGGGCUUAACCAUGAGCUGCUCUAAAAAUCCAUCUAGUAGGUAUUCUAGAAACUCCCUCUCUUGGGAUCCAACACCAAUCUGAUUUUCCCUAUCUACCUGCGUAUUGAUAUCCCCAUGACCAUCUUAAUAUUGCUCUUUUGACAUGCAUUUUCAAUCUCCCAUUGUAAUUUGUAGACCAUAUCUUUAUUACUGUUUGGGGCUCUCUAUACAACUUCUGUCAAGGUAUUUGCCCUUGUAGUUCCUUUGCUCUACCCGCAAUGAUUUAACACCUUUCUAUCCUAUGUCACCUCUUUCUAAUGAUAAGAUUUCAUUUUUUACCAACAGACCCAUGCCAUCCCUCUGCCAGCCUGCCUGUCCUUUUGAUACAAUGUGUGUCCUUGGAUGUUAAGCUCCAGGCUAUAAUCUUCCUUCAGCCACGAUUCAGUGAUGCCCGCAACAUCGUAUAUAACAAUCUGUAACUGUGCUACAAGUUCAUUUACUUUAUUCCAUAUACUGCAUACAUUCAAAUAUAAAAUCUUCAGUCCUGU